GCGCAUAAAGUGGCCAUUUUCAAGGUGGAGACCCACCGUGUCGUAUAUUUUUCACACAGGGUGCAGGGUGUUAUAUAAAAGCAGGAAGUACAAGAGGGGUUGAAGCGAGUAUGGUUUUUAUGAGUGAGCGUCGUCGUAGUAUCACCAUCAGGAGGGUUGAAUUAAACGAGUGGGAGCAAGAAGGGAUGCAAGUAAGGGGCGACAGAUGUCCUGUCGAUGACGCAUUACAUGGUGCUACGGUGGUUGUUGUUGUAUACCGCUACCCGUCUUCGUAGCUGCUUAUGCUGUCACAUACUAAAACUCAAGACUACUCGGGAUCGGUGUGUUUGUGCUGCUGUCACUGAGAUCUCCGCUGAUAAUUACAUCCUUAGAGCCUCCGUAGCGCUUAUGAGCAUCAGCAUCAUGGAUUAGCAGACUUCUUGGAAAUAUUUUUAAAGAUAUGGCGCACGGCUGAGAAGUGUCACUCGCUUUACAAGUCGGUGUUCGUGGAAAAUAAAAGAGUUUACAACAUCGACUCUGUAGCUCUCCAACUGAACGUCGUGGGAUCUUCAGCCUCUGGGGUAAAAAAAAGGCUAAAUAAAACUAGCAGAACGGAUAUAAUACUCGAGAGUUGAGAAGAGGAUGUGCGAGAUAUCAAAGAGCCAGCGGAGGACAUAUCGGGAUCAAGAUCCGCCGCGAAUUCUCAAAGACGCCGGCAAUGAUAAUAAAAUUGGCGGCAAUGACAAUCCGAUGGGCACGAUGACGACCGAAAAAGUAUCUGCAGUGGUAACGGAGGAGCUGGAAUUCUUCAGGAAGCAUCAGCAACACCAGCAGAGGUGGGAAGAGGCGUCGAUCACGGCCGAAGUCGUUCGCAACCGAGUUGUAGACUCCACGGUCAGUUGUGAGCGAGACAACAACGCGAGUGUAAGUGUUGUGAACGACGCUGCAGUAAAAGUGCCUUCCUUAUCAUCAUCUUCAUCAGCAUCAACACCACUACCACCACCACCACCACCUCCACCGCCAUCAUCAAUAUCAUCAUCAUCCUCUACGAUAUCCGGGACAACUCCUAAAGAGGUGAUUACUAACGGCCUUAAGAGAGACCCCGAUAGCUGCGAGUUUUCAACAAACGGUGAAGAAAUGGCCCCAAUAAUGGGAGUACCUCCGCCUCCACCUGCUCCUCACAUGGGUCCAGAUGGUCUAAUUUUACCCCGUAAGCCUUACAACCCGUGCCUCAUAUCCAAUAAUCAUAAAGACCUUCGCAGAGAGUUAUUAUUCAACCAAAAAAUAGGUAAAAAUGUUCUUAAUCAGAAAAGUGAACUUCAGAGAGCUCUAGAGAGACAACGAGAAGCAGCAAUGAGACGCGAAACAGAAAGAAAUCGUGAAGAAAGCUAUAAAGAUGAUCCAAGGACGGCGUUGCAGAGAGCACUUGAACAAAGAGCUCGACAAAUCCAACUUAUGGAACAUCCGCCAGCAGUUGAACCACCAAAUCCAUUAGUGACCGCGAGAGCAAAAUUACGGACACGCACGGAUUCACAGUGAUGAGAAAAAUAUAAAAAAAUAAAAUAAAAAAAAAAUACCAAUUGUCUAUUUGAUUGAAUUGUUACACUCUCUCCUAAGGCAGAGAGAACUACGGAACAAAUGGUGGAUUUAUAACGCGUUAACGUAGUUAUUAUAAUUUAUAUAUAAAGUAUAAAUAUAAAUGACAUUUUUCUAUACGCAACAUUUUAAAAUGUAUAUAAAAAAAACAAAUAUAUAAUAGAGAAAAUACGAGCAGACACCCAGAAAUCAUCUAGCUCUGGUGUUUGUCUCUUCUAAACUAUUUAAUUAAAAAAACAUUAUAUUGUUUGAGUGAGAGAGUACGGACUCGAUGAUAAAGCUGACGCUAUUUAUUAUAUAUUAUAAAUUUAAUAGUAUGUACCCAUGUUUCGCUUAAAACAGAUAUUUUUUUCUCUUUUACAUAAAAAUUUUUGAAUAAACGGAAGGUGAAUUUGUAAUUUACGUGGGACCACCUGUGCAGUGGGCCACUGCGCACUAAUUAAAGGCGCGCUUUUUUAAUAACUAUCAAUUAGAAAAUUUAAUUAUGCGUAUGAGAUUUUUUUCAACAAUUGCAUUUUAAGAUUCAAUCAUUUUUGUAUUAUUUCGUUAAUUAGAGAGUUCGCUUCCGCGAUUGGUUUCUAAUUUGUAUUAUAUAAUUAAAUUACCAUCUAAUGUUUUAAGAAUUUUAUUGUAAUUAUCCGCAGCAUUGUUAUUAAAUCUGCUAUUAUUAUUAUUAAUAUUUAAAAUUAAUUAUUAAUAACAAAGAAAAAAUAUACUAUCACGUAAUUUCAAUAUCAUUUUUAUCUUUAUGUCUAAAUAUAUAUAGAUUUAUAUUUAUAUAUAUAAGAAUAUGAUGUCAGUAAAAAGUACCACACAUUUUUAUUUUUUAUAAUGUUAGUAUUAUUAAUUCUGAUUAUUAAUUAACCAGUUUAAAAAAAAAUUUCUUUGUAACAAAAGGAAAAGAACAAUUUCUUAAUAAUAAUAAAAAAAAAACUGAUUGAGUAAGUGCGCAAAUGAAUGAAUGCACGAUUGUAAAUACAGAUAAGUGUGAUAACGUUAAAAUACGUAUCAGAAAAUAAAUAUCCAUCAGUAGCAUUGAUUAUAAAUUUUUAGUAACAUGAUGGUAUGUAUGCUUGACUUUAAAAAAGAACAAUAAUAAUAAUAAUUAUUUAAACCCA